AUCCAAAAAAGAACCUAACUUUCCAGAUUCUCGCCCCCACUGUAAAUUGCGCACCAAACUUCACUUUCCAGAUUCUCGCCCCACUAUAUAUUGGGCACCAAACUUCACCGUCCCCGAUCAUCUUCUCCAUUAAAAACCACGAUACAAAAAUCCGGUAAACCUUAAAAAAUCUCUCUCUCUCUAGAUUUCCGACGAUGCCGAGCCGAAAACUAAGAGUCAUAGGCCAGGACUGGGAGGUGGUGCUCCUCCAGAAGAAGCCCAAUAUUGCCCGUGCCCUCCGCGACCCGAAGGUGGUGAACCAGGCGAUGCGGUCGGGCGAGCCGGUCCAGACCAUCAAGAAAUUCGACGGGGGCUCGAACAAGAAGGCGGCGCCGGUGGUCAGCGUUAAGAAGCUCGAUGAGGCGGCCGAGCCGGCGGCGCUGGAGCGGGUCUCGACGGAGGUGCGACAGGCGAUACAGAAGGCGCGGCUGGAGAAGAAGAUGAGCCAGGCGGAGCUUGCGAAGCGGAUGAACGAGCGGCAACAGGUGGUGCAGGAGUACGAGAACGGGAAGGCGGUGCCAAACCAGGCGGUGCUGGCGAAGAUGGAGAGGGUUCUGGGAGUCAAGCUCAGGGGCAAAGUUGGAAAAUAGAAGAAGUCCUGUUCGUUGAAUGUUAAAACAACGGCGUUGUAGUGUUGGUUUGUGUCAGGAAAAUAAUGUUGUCUGUUGCAUGGGUGCGUGUGUAUAUGGGUUUGUUUGGGGUGGUGCCGAGAUUUAAGAUCUGGGUGCGGUGAUCAAAACUGUUAGGGAUGUACAAAGAUGCAAAAGAUAUGUAGUAGGCUAAACCCGCCAAUGGGUUUCAUGAAAUUAAUGGAAUUUGAUGUUUUCGAUGGCAUAA